GCCAGCUUAAUGUGAGGGUAUUGAAAGCUUCCCUUGCAUGUGACGGCCUCUUGGAUAUUAAAACUCGGAUUAUUCUAGGAGGACAUGCAAGCAGUUCAUUACAUGAUGUAAAUAAAAACAUUGGUGAGCGGCGCGCUGCUCGAUGUCCCGGAUGCUGUUCGCACCGGAAGAGAAGGGGUAGCUCUCCCAGCCAUCUUGUGGCAGUAUCCAGCGACUUGUUCGCAUCAAGCCUCGUAGAAUCGGAGGUGAAUCCCGCAGAAGGGGCGCCAUCAUGCCCGGACACCUGCAAGAAGGCUUCGGCUGCGUCGUAACCAACCGGUUCGACCAGUUAUUGGACGAUGAGUCCGACCCGUUCGAGAUCCUGAAAGCUGCUGAAAACAAGAAGAAGGAGGGGGCCGCCGCUGGAUCCACCAAGACCGCGGCUCAAGCCGCCAAGCAGCUGAAAAAGGAGUCCCAGAAGGACAGGAAGAACCCACUGCUGGACAAGAAGGAAGAGCCCCAGGCUCCGGUCCCCCUGAAGAAAGAAGGUAUAAGGCGGGUGGGCCGAAGACCAGACCAGCAGGGCCAGCCUGGAUCCCAGCACCAGGCUGGGCAGGGUGAAGGGCGACCUGGAGACAAGAGGCAGGACCGAAGACCUCCUAGAGAGCGUCGCUUCGAAAAGCCCGCUGAGGACAAGCCUGAGGGAGGUGGAGAGUUCUCCACAGACAAACCUUCUGGAGACAGGCCACUGAGAGGGCGUGGUGGCGGCCGGGGUGGGCGUGGUGGAAGAGGACGGGGUAUGGGCCGCGGAGAUGGCUUCGACUCCCGCAGGAAACGAGACUUUGACAGACACAGCGGCAGUGAUAAAUCCAAUCAGAAGACUGAGGAGAAGCGCAGCGGCAGCGGCACACACAACUGGGGCAACGUGAAGGAUGAAGUGACUGAGGCUGAACAGACCGCCGCUCCUGAGACGACCCCAGAGGGGGAGGAGAACAUGCCUGCCAGCUCUGAGAACAAGCUCUCCAGGGAGAACGAGGUUGACGAGGUGAAAAGCGAAGGCCCCAGAGAGAUGACCCUGGACGAGUGGAAGGCCAUGCAGGACAAGGAGCGCACCAAGGUGGAGUUUAACAUCCGGAAGCCCAACGAAGGAGCCGACAGCCAGUGGAAGAAAGGAUAUGUGCUGCACAAGUCCAAGAGUGAGGAUAGGCCUGUCGGUGCUUUGAUUGACGCCCCAGAGAUGGAACCGGAAUCUCACGCUCUGUACAAGCAGGGCACCAUUGACGAGUCCAGUGACCACCACUUCCGCAAACCAGCCAACGACAUCACAUCUCAGCUGGAGAUCAACUUUGGAGACCUAGGUCGCCCCGGCCGCGGGCGCGGUGGAGCGCGUGGAGGCAGAGGAGGCCGUGGGGCAGGAGGCAGCAGGACAGCACGAGGGGGAGGACGGUCUGAAAAGGCUAGUGGAGCGUCAGUCCCCAACGUGGAUGAUCCGGAGGCCUUCCCGGCCCUGGCCUAAAGGAUCCUUUUCCACCACCAGCCCACCCAUCAGCCCUUCCGGGCCCCUCCUCUACGAGGCUUGCAUGCUUACCACAUCUUCAAGUAUAUAAAAAUAAAAAAAAAAAGGAAAAAAAGGUUUUAAUGACAUAAAAAGACCGUCAUCCCAUACAGUCACACCACCACAGGACUAAAUUUUACCAGUUUUAAAGGAGAACAAAAGACAACAAAGGAGGGAAAAAGGACCUCUUGUUACACUGAAGUUUUGUAUUUAGGAACAUGAAAGCAGGGAUGUUUUCAUAUAUUUUUUUUUCUCAGAGAUUAUGCGUACUACAUUGAUAUUUUUUGUGCUGCUUGAAUUUAUGCAUUUCUGCGAUUAGGUUGAAGUGUGUGCAUCUCUUCCUCUGAAGCUUUUGUGCUUUUCUCCUCAUGACUUCAGCUCAGUAUUAUGGGGUCAUGUUAGAAUUUCUACUGGAGUCCCCCCCACACACAAGUAAGUAAAACACACUGAUGUGGUAGCCCUACACUACAUAGGAAACUUGUACUAGGUAUCUGAAGUAUGGCUUUACAUACAUUUUAAAGUGUAAUUACUCAGAUCCUGACUACCAAUCCCUUUGUGAGGCACAUGUUCAGGCUGGGUAGCCAGGAAAUGCAGCUUCCUUCUAAAGCUUGGUAUUUUUCUGCUUGUUGUGCAGUGAAAGUAAACAUCUCCUUUCCUUUUUUUGCUCUUUUGAUGGACCAGUGGUUAGUAAUGCUUUGUAUCACCUGAUCCAGAUGUGCUACCUGUGGUUUCAGGGUGUCCCAGGGCCCAAUGUUUGUCUUUAGGCUGGUCCUCUUAGGUCAUACAGAGUGGACUUCUUCUAAUUUCAGGACCACUAAGAAAUUUUUUUAUUUUUAUUUUUUGUUAAAGGUGUGUGUUUGUGUGUGUGCACGCAGCAAAGCGUGAGGCAGAAUAUGUGAAUUUGACAGCUAGUUGUGUAGAAUUUCACUGCUAUGAAUUUCCUCUGCUAUGAACUUGCCCUUCUGAAACAGUAGACUGCAGGUUCAUGUAUGAUGUAGUAGUUACUGUCUCUUGGGAAGUGAUUGCUAAAAUCUAGGUGUUCAUGUAUGAUGUAGUAGUUACUGUCUCUUGGGAAGUGAUUGCUAAAAUCUAGGUGAGAACCACAGGUCAUGAACAUAUCUUGCUCUUAGAGUAUUUGUUAAGUCUUUCAGGUCUGAAAGUGCUUGUUUUUAUCAGCACCAGUCCUCCGACCAUUGUUUGCCCUCCCCUUCUUUAACCACGUUUGCUCUUCCUUUUUAUUUUAUUUUGAUCUUAUCAGCGCAGCAGCACCAGUGCAUAAUUUGUCUGAAAGAAAUGUAGGGUGUCAGUGUGGAACAAUCAUGAGCCACAGAAUGUAAUGUAAGCUAAUGAUGCUUUUAGCCACCUGUGUCAGCAUUUCCAGUGAGCAUUUUCUUUAAGUGAAGUGGGUGUAUUUUACAUUGGGGUGUGGUGAAGGGGUUCUAUUGAAGACAGGAUGGAGUGAAUUUAAAGCUUUACAGGCUGUGCUCUGCAAAGACUUACUGGUGAUGCACUGAUACACAUGGCUGGAGCAGUUUUUAUUAUUAUUUUUAAUUUUUUUGUAGGACAGUUUGAGCCAUGUGACAGUGAAACUUUUUCUGCAAACAUCCCUGUUCUAAUAAAUUGCUUUAGAGGCGUUACAUGUA